AUGGACAUCUCGUCGUUCGUCACGUCGCUUCUGACGUCCUUCGUCAUCUUCGCCGUGCUGGUCCUGGUGUUCACGUGGCUCUCGCGCCGCCCGGGGAACGCGCCGGUGUACUACCCGAGCGUGCUGCUGCGGGGGCUCGACCCGUGGGAGGGGCGCGGGCGGGGCACGCGCAGCCCCGUCGGCUGGAUCCGCCAAGCGUUCGCGGCGUCCGAGGCCGACGUCGUUGCCGCCAGCGGAGUCGACGCCGCCGUCUACCUCGUCUUCCUCUCAUCCGUUUUGGCAAUCCUUGCGUUUUCCGGGAUUGUGUUGCUUCCAGUUCUGUUACCAGUUGCUGGAACUGAUCAUGCCCUGGAGGAUUCUACUGGCAGAGUGCCGCGGAAUGUCACAGAUUUUGAAAGAUUAGCAUUGGGCAAUGUUCAAGACGGAAGUGCGAGGCUGUGGGCAUUUAUAUUUGCAGUCUAUUGGGUCUCCUUUGUCACCUAUUUCAUACUAUGGAGAUCCUACAAGCAUGUUUCAAAUCUGAGAGCAGCGGCAAGAUCAACAUCAGACGUUAAACCAGAGGAGUUUGCCAUGUUGGUGAGAGAUGUUCCUGUUCCACCUCCUAAUCAAACUAUAAAGGACUCGGUGGACUCGUAUUUCCGAGCACUUCAUCCUGACACAUUCUACAAAGCAAUGGUUGUGACAGACAUCACGAAGGCUGAUAAAAUUUUCCAAGAGAUUGAAGGUCACAAACACAAAAUUGCUCAUGCUGAAGCUGUCUAUGCAGAGUCAAAAAUAGCAAACAGACCUGAGGGCACGAGGCCUACUCAUAGGACGGGAUUCCUUGGCCUUAUCGGUAAAAAGGUUGACACGCUUGAGUAUUGUAAUGAGAAGAUUAAGGAAUUGCUGCCCAAACUGGAGGAUGAACAGAAGAGCACCCUUAGUGAGAAACAGCAAAGGGCGGCCUUUGUCUUCUUCAACAGCAGAGCUGCCGCUGCCUCUGCAUCUCAGACUCUCCAUGCUCAGAUGUUUGAUGAAUGGACAGUUACAGAAGCUCCUGAACCACGUGCUGUAAUAUGGACCAAUCUUCCAAGGAAAAUAUAUGAUAGGCAAACCAGACAGACUGUGGUCUACCUCAUUGUCUUCGUCACCGUGGUUUUUUAUAUGAUUCCCAUUACUGCUAUCUCUGCUGUUACAACGCUGGAACAACUGAGGAAGAAGCUGCCCUUUCUGAAGGUGGUUGUGGACCAACCUUUACUUAAGACAGUCUUACAAGCUUACCUGCCACAGAUCGCCCUCAUUGUUUUCCUUGCUUUGCUGCCAACACUUCUUGUGUUCCUGUCAAAGUCAGAAGGAAUUCCUUCACAGAGCCAUGUAGUAAGGGCAUCAUCAGGAAAAUAUUUCUACUUUAUUGUCUUCAAUGUAUUCAUUGGCUAUGCAAUUGGUUCCUCAUUGUUCAGCGCUUUGCAAAAAGUCAUCGAGAACCCUACUGGGAUUGUUACGACGCUUGGCUCCAGGCUUCCUGGAAAUGCAACUUUCUUCCUCACAUUUGUUGCACUGAAAUUCUUUGUUGGAUAUGGGCUUGAGCUCUCUCGUUUGGUCCCCCUCAUCAUUUUCCACCUGAAAAGAAAGUACCUAUGCAAGACAGAGGAUGAGGUGAGAGCGGCAUGGGCUCCAGGAGACCUGGGGUAUAACACGCGGGUUCCGAAUGACUUGCUUAUCGUGACACUUGUGAUGUGCUACUCCGUCAUCGCGCCUUUGAUUUUGCCAUUUGGCGUUGCUUACUUUGCUCUGGGUUGGCUUAUAGCAAAAAACCAGGUGAGCAAGAUUUUUAUUUACGAAAAUGUUCUGAGAGUUUAUGUUCCUAUUUAUGAGAGCAACGGACGAAUGUGGCCACACAUGCACACAAGGAUCAUUGCAGCUCUCAUGAUUUACCAGGCAACCAUGCUUGGUAUCAUCGGCCUGAAGAGGUUCUACUAUUCUACUAUCCUUGCCCCACUCCUCGCAAUAAGCUUAAUCUUUGCCUACACUUGCCAUACACGCUUUUAUCCUGCAUUCGCCAAAACCCCUCUUGAGGUGGCAAGUCAGCAGCUGAAAGAGACGCCGAACAUGAGCACCAUUUACACCGCUUACAUCCCUGCUUGCCUCAAGCCCGAGAAGCUCGAAGAUGUGGAAGUCUUUGAAGACGCGCAGUCACGCACCACCUCCAGAGCUCCCUCUUUUUAA